AUGUUAUCAUUUUGCACGCACCUUCCUUUCCUCAUUCUCUCCCUCCCACGAAACAGUUUUAGCCUAGCUUCUGACCUCAACAGAGGAAACAGUUUUAGCCUAGUUUGUAGUUUAAAACUUCACUCUCGGACGUUCCACGUGCCUUGGAAGCGGCUCCUGCUCUGCGACUUUCCUGAGGAGCCGCCGCCGCCGCCGCUCUGGAUCCCGCCGCCGGGGGCCUCGCAUCCCGGGCGGCCCCUCGGCUUCCCCGAGCUGCCCCGAAAGCGUAAAAUCGACGCGGGGGCUAUGACUGAGCCUUCGGUUUCGCCCGGCAAGCGCCGCGACGACGGGGAUACCGGUGCUCAGGGCGGCGCGGAGCGUGAGGGCCGCGGCCUGGAGACCGGCGAGUCGCAGCUGCUGCAGCCGCCCGUGCGGCCCCGCGGGCCGGGGGAGGAGCCCCGGGAUGUCCGGCCCCUGAGAGGCGGUGGCGACGAUGGGGCGGGGCGCGCAGAGUCCCAGCGGGGAGACUGGGGGGCCGCACCGCGCCAGCUCAGUGAAGAAUUUUGGCAGUAUAACACUUUCCAGUACCGGAGGAACCCUUUACCGCCUAUUGAUCUGGCAGACAUUGAAGUUGUAAGCGAAGACAACCUGAUAGAAACAGCACUGCAGGGCAAGAAUGAAGUGGCUGAGAUUGAUAUGGAGUCUUGACAGAAGGAGCUAAAGAAGUGGGUUUUUCUCAACUCGAGGAGACAUCUCUAAGUGAAUUUAUGUUAAAGAACAAAGUUAUUUUCCA